GCUUCUGCCGAUAUGACUACCGUACUCCGUGCGUUCAGCGCGGGCCCGAGCUCUGACCUUUCCAAGGACAGCGACGACAAGCUAAGCAGCGCCGUCAGUCUCGAGCAAGUCCCCUCGCUCGGAGCGCCGGUCGAAGAGAACAAGGGCUUCUUCCUGUGGCGCCGAUCUAAGCGAGACCCGGACAGCAUUGCGACUCAGCCGUCCGUUUUCGACGAUCCCGCUACAGUUGAUCUCUACAGACCACCGCCGGUCUACGAGAGUGCCCAUCGCUUCGACCCGUUGGCGCGGUGGACAUGGCGGGACGAGAAUCGACUCGUGCGCAAAAUCGACUGGCGCAUCAUGGUCUGGGCUUGGAUCAUGUUCUUCGCCCUGGACCUGGACCGCGCGAACAUCAGCCAGGCGAACACGGACAACUUCCUCAAAGACCUGCAUAUGACCACGAACGACUUUAACACGGGAAAUAUGCUAUUCAAGCUUUGCUUCUUAAUUGCCGAGCUUCCUUCGCAGCUAAUCUCGAAGAGGAUCGGUCCCGACAAAUGGAUUCCCAGUCAGAUGAUCCUGUGGAGCGCAGUGUCUCUGGCGCAGUUCUGGCUUAACGGCCGCAGUUCAUUCCUCGCGACACGUGCCUUGCUCGGAUUCAUGCAAGGGGGCUUCAUCCCAGACGUCAUUCUCUAUCUGUCGUACUUCUAUACCAGGAAAGAGCUUACUAUCAGGCUUGCGUGGUUCUGGGUGUCCAACUACGUGGCCGCCCUAGUUAGUGCAUUCCUUGCUACAGGAAUUUUGAAGAUGAGAGGCGUCGGCGGUCACGCAGGGUGGCGAUACAUGUUCCUGAUCGAGGGUGGCUUGACGCUUCUCGUCGGAAUCGCCUCCUUCUACAUGAUGCCUCCCAGUCCCACGCAGACGAGAGCUUGGUAUAGACCGAAGGGCUGGUUCUCUGAGCGUGAGGAAACCAUCAUCGUCAACCGAGUCCUGCGAGACGAUCCCGCGAAGUCGGACAUGCACAACAGGGAAGGUCUCUCGGUGCUGCAAAUAUUGAACAUCUUGAAGGACUGGAGGAUGUGGCCGCUCUACAUCCUUGGCCUCACACACAUGAUUCCCAUAAAUCCCCCGCAGACCUAUCUUACGCUCUCGCUGCGCAACCUCGGCUUCAAUACGACCCAGUCGAACCUUCUCACCAUCCCUUCGACAGCGUUGGGUAUCGUUGGGCUUCUCGUUGUCUGCUACCUCAGCGAGAGCGUUGACAGCCGGGUCGGCACCUCUGUCAUCCUACAGUUCUGGGCGCUCCCGCUGCUGAUUGCAUUGACCACGUUCACCAAGGAAACGUCGCAGUGGGUCUACUAUGUCGUCGUCACGUUGAUCACCGGGUACCCCUACGUGCACCCCAUACAAGUCGCGUGGGCGUCCGCGAAUUCGUACGGAGUGGGGACAAGAACGGUAUCGGCUUCCGUAUACAACAUGUUCGUGCAAGCGGGCGGCAUAGUGGCAUCUUACAUUUAUCGCGCCGAUGAUGCGCCGCUCUAUCUACGCGGAAACAAAGAUUUGAUCGGUAUCACAUGCAUGAACAUCGCGCUCUAUUUCUUGACUUGGUUAUUCUAUCGCACAAUCAACAAGAACAGGGAUAAGAAAUGGAACUCGUUGACGCCUGAGGAACAACAAGAUUACCUAGACAAGACGGCUGACAAGGGCAACCAGAGACUGAACUUCCGCUUUGUGUACUGAUCGUACUCGGGGUCGCAUUUCGCGGUCUUGAUCGUACGCUCCGGGUG